AUGCGAAUGGCGAAACCCGCACGGCAUAGACUCUACAUUCUAGAGCAAAUCCUGAACGUGACCCCUUUUGGAAACUAUAUACAUUACGACCCAAAGAAUCUCCCGGAGCAUAAUUGCGCUAUUUUGUUAGCGACCCAGCGAUCAUUCUUUUCACAUGUUGGUCGCUUAAUGAAAUGGCUUGACACCCAUCGGCCAGGCGCUGCGGAGUACUGCUUUGAGUGUGCUAAAUGGUACUUGAACUCUAGGAUUGGAACGCUCACUGCCUUAAAUAUCUUGACGAACUCGAUUUAUUCUGCAGUAGCAUCAGCCAUUUUGACCGUCAUAUACAGCAGUGGCCGAACGGUCCGGUUAUGUGCCCGCACCCAGCGUGUGACGGAAGGACUUAACAACAGAACUCAAAUUUCUCCAGAAUCUUCACCAAUCCCACGGAUUAGAGAGCUCCUCAAUGAAUCAGCAAAAACAACCAUCACUAAUACAUUUGGAUGUUUGGCUGGUGUUUUGGGGGGAGUUCGCCGAAAACCACUCUUCAAAUACGGAUUUUGUGUCCAGAUUUGCUCAAGACUCAGACACCCGCUCAGUCUCAGUUUAUUUGGCAGCCUGAGCAGACAGAUAGCGGUGCCCUGCACGCAACGCUUAGGUAUGCGAGUUACUGAACGGCAUGCCUUUCUUUUCAAGUUGUCUAUUGUUUGUUUAUCACAACCAAAAUCUAAUCUUCAGUUGGGAUACUUUCUACAUCUCGUAGAGACUCUUCCAUAUCUUCAUAUUAACUGGCAAUUGCAAAAUAAUGGGCAUACCGUCCUGUACGCCGCUGUCAAGAGUUCUGGAAGGUGUGCAGAGUGGGAGAUAGUGUGGGCAGACUGCAGGGAGGCUGUAGGAAGGGCGGUUCAGGUAUGGGGAAGGGAGGAGAUCAACAAGCAAACCGACACUUCUUCUGGCAAAGCUUCGCAAUACAUGAAAUCCCGUCAAGACGAGCAUCAUGGUUUGUCAUUGUGUACACUGUAUCCAGUUGCUUGUUCUCUGGCGGGUCUGUCCACAAUUGCCUUAAUUCUAGCUCGGGGUAAGGCGGUGAAAGUGUCUAAACGUCACCAAGUUACAAAGCUGCAAAAAAGCGUUGCUUGGUGUGUUCAAUGGAAGGAACGGCCGAUUGCACUUCCUCUCAGCUCAGGAUUUAAGUUUACGGGACACAGUCCCGCACAACCACGUCUCUCAAACACACACAUCACAUCACACCAAGACUGGAAGCCCCAAGGCCAAGAAGACUCCAAUAAAUUGAAUAAACCAAUAGCCAGGUAUCACACUCAUACAUCGUCUUAG